AUGACGGGUUACUUCUACGACUGUCGAGUCCGUGAUGAUGUUGUCCAGGUCCGUCGUCGGACUGGACCCGAGCAACUCCAGAUCUCCUUCAAGCGGACGGUGAGAGUUCCGGACAACUCGGGGACUUCUCAACUACCUCCAGAUCUGGGUAACUUUCCUCUCUACAAGGUCCAGACCUACGCGAAUUCCCUUCCUCCCGAGAUGGUUGCGAAGGGCGGAGUGUUCUUGCCAAUGUACCAACGCGAAGCGAUGUGGAUCAACUUCACUGCCAACUCCCCCUUCGCUAUCAAGGUCUAUGUUGGCUGCGUCAACGCCAUCUCGGGCGAACCUGCUGCUGGAAGUGCCUCUGCUAAACAACGUCGUGCCUUGCUUGUGUCUCAAGGAGAGCCCAUUCAAGACUAUAUGGUCGUCCCUGGUCAGAGCUGGUUAGAUGGUAUCGCGUCAAGCAACGGUAUCGUCAAGCAAUUCGUGGCCACACCACUAGGAGAGGGAUAUACUGUCGAAGCACAAAUCACUGGUCAUGAAGAAAAUGGAGGGCUGCAAAUUGAGAUCACACCAGCCGUCGUGAGCCCCGCUGGCAGCACUCGAGUGCGAGUGGAAAUCUGCACCGGCCAAAAGUUUGAAUUCUGUGUCCCUGCGGAUGCAAAAGUCAUCUAUCUUCAACAAAUGAUCCAUGGAAUCUCAGGUAUACCGAUUGAGGACCAGAUAUUCGUCUGUUGUGGUCAGAAAAUGCCACUCUUCGAGCGAAUCGCUGAUUGGGUCGCUGAUUGGUGUGGAACGGAACCAUUACCAAUUUAUCUUCUCCAGGAACAGAGAGGGGGAGGCUGGACCGAGGCUCCGCCAGCCAAACCAGAAACCAAAGAAAUGGGCAUCGCCGCAGGGGGAAGCAUCAAGCAAGUAAUCGUGAGGGACAUAUGGCCGGCAGGAACCUGGCAUAAGACCGCCACCAUUGCCUUCAACGUCCAGAUCUUGAACGCCAGUGCCUUCGAGGAAGUCACAGGCUUUCCAGCCCUAAAGACUCCAGUCACCAUGGAAACCUACGCAGAACUCGGCCUCCCGUUUUUCAAGCUGUACGAGGAACCGAGCAAUGUGCAUGGGUCGUUCAACAAGGUCAAGUCGAUUGGGGAGAUGGACGGCGUCGAGGAUCCCAACUUCGCCGUCCCAACCAAAAACAUCAACGACGAUCCGUCUGGUGCGAGAUCAGCGCCCCAACCCGCCGUCCAGGUCAAGGAUGGAAAUGACGAGGACAUCUCCAACCCGGCAGGUGCGCUGAGGGAGUUCCGCCACGUCUCCGAAAUCGAACAAGAGUUGCGCGCCAUGAAUAUCAACGCAUCAGAUUUGAAUAAGGCUUGCUGGUCUCCUAAGGAGGGCGAGGAGUUGGCAGAUGGUCACUUGUUCAGCUUUUAG